CGCCAUGUAUGGUUCAUAAUCUCACAGGAAUUAAGUAAUUAUACUUUACAUGCAGUCAAGAUAUGGAAAUCAAUCUUUGUUCUCUUUAAAUCUGCUUAUGUGAUACCAUAAAUGAAGUUGUGAUUGAGUAAAGAUCGACUUGAAUUGUAAACUAUAUAGCGACAUGGAGUGAAGAGCAAUUGAGCUUCUUGACUUCAAAGGAGAGUGUGUUUAAAAUCCGCUUCUAGUAAAAGUUUCAUUAUAUUGUAUCUUACGACGUCUGACACUGAAAAAGUAGGAGAUUUGACAUAUUGAUAUCAGAGAUCAGAGGGUUCGUCUUUCGAUUUGAAUAUGGCAUACUUUAAUUUCCAUCAAGAUGAUAUUGAAGAAUUCAGAGCUGCUUUUCUUCUAUUCGACGCUAGUGGAAAGGGCCACAUUACGAUGAAAAACUUAGAGCUUUGUUUACGCUGCUUGGAACCAAAACCUACGGAAUCAGAACUUCGCAAAAUACUUCAAGAAGUUGAACGCGAACAAAAGAAUGGUGGUGUUUCAUUCUCUGAUUAUUUAAACACCUUACAAAAGACGAUAGACACGUGUAAGAAACAUAAUAAAGAAAAACCGAAAAGGAAGAGGAGUUGUCACACGAAUCUGUCUGAAGAACAGAUCGAAGAAAUAAGAGAAGCAUUUAAUAAGUUUGACCAGGAUGGCGAUGGUACAAUCACAAUAACUGAAUUGAAAACAGUUUUAAGUAGCAUGGGACAGGAGGUUGAUGAAAAUGACAUCAAAGUCAUGUUGGAGGAUCUUGAUACAACGAAUGGUAAUACAAUUGAGUUUCCAGCCUUUUUGACCAUGAUGACCAUGAAAGUGGAUCAAAAGGAUUUAAAAAACGAAAUUUUACAGACAUUUCAAUUUUUUGACAAAGAUGGUGAUGGUUCGAUUACUGGUGUUGAAGUAAAGGAAGCCAUGUUAAAGCUAGGAGAAGAUCUUACAGAAGAGGAAAUCGCUGAGAUGGUGAAAGAAGCCGAUGUUGAUGGUGAUGGAAGAAUUGAUUAUUCAGAAUUCGUAAAAAUGAUAUCCUGGCCGAAGUGAAACUUAACAAUGAGGAGCUUUUCCUGGUAACGAAGAUGUACAUAGGGUUGGCGCGCAAACUAAUUUCAACACAUUGUAUUUAUAUGUAAAUUGUUACGCUUAAAAGAAAUAUCAGUAAUUUUAACUUU